GGGGGCAGGGAGAGAGAGGGAAGGGGCGCAGCAGCCCGCUCGCUCCCGCUCCGCGGAGCUUCUCGGGGCAGGUGGGUGCCUUGAGUUAAAGAGCUGGGAAGGUGAUAACUGAGCUGGGAUCGGGCGCAGCUGGCAUUUGCCUGCAUAUGACCUGCCAAGCUCCGGGUGACAGGUACCGGGACUCCUAAUGAGUUUCCCAAAGGCUUGGAUCUGAACGCCGCCGUCGCCGCUCUCGGAGCCGCAGCUGUCCAUUAGAGCUGCCGCCGGCCGCACAGCUCCUCUCCAUCCUCCUCAAUGUCUCGGAUGGAAGCAGCGUGCAACAGGGCAAUUGCCUGCAUCUGCCGAGGCUCGUCGGGAGAGAGCAUCCUCCUGCUUCUCUCUGUGCCUCUCUCAGCCGCGACCUGUUGAAUCUCUCGCUGAGAACUUUCCCUACCGGAGGAGAGACAGCAGCGGCGCCCCCGCCAACAUGGUCCUCGAGAGGCUCGGGGAAGCCCUGCACGGCAUCCCCCCGUUGCAAAGCUCCCUCCUGCUCCUCCUCUGCCUGCUCGCCGCCGUCCACCUGGGCAAGCUCCUCCUGCAGCACCGGCAGCGCCGGCGGCAGAGCCAGCGCCGGGCGCCGCCGGGCCCUUUCCCCUGGCCCCUGAUCGGCAACGCGGCGCAGCUGGGCAGCGCCCCGCACCUCUCCUUCGCCCGGCUGGCCAGCACCUACGGCGCCGUGUUCCAGCUGCGCCUGGGGCGCUGGCCCGUGGUGGUGCUGAACGGGGAGCGCGCCAUCCGCCAGGCCCUCGUCCGCCAGGGGGCCGCCUUCGCCGGCCGCCCGCCCUUCCCGUCCUUCCAGCUGGUGUCGGGCGGGCUCAGCCUGGCCUUCGGCGGCUACUCGGAGCUCUGGAAGCUGCACCGGCGGGCGGCGCACGCCACGGUGCGCGCCUUCUCCACGGGCAGCCCCGCCACCCGCCGCCUGCUCGAGCGGCACCUGCUGGGCGAGGCGCGGGCGCUGGUGGCGCUGCUGGUGCGCGGCAGCGCCGGCGGCGCCUUCCUCGACCCCUCGCGCGUCCUGGUGGUGGCCGUGGCCAACGUGAUGAGCGCCCUGUGCUUCGGCCGCCGCUACAGCCACGGCGACGGCGAGUUCCUGCGCAUCGUGGGGCGCAACGAGCAGUUCGGGCGGGCGGUGGGCGCCGGCAGCCUGGUGGAUGCGCUGCCCUGGCUCCAGAGUUUCCCCAGCCCCGUCCGCGCCGCCUACCGCGCCUUCCGCGACCUCAACCGCGACUUCUACGGCUUCGUCCGCGGCAAGUUCCUGCAGCACCAGCGCAGCCUGCGCCCCGGGGCCGCCCCCCGCGACAUGAUGGACGCCUUCAUCCGCCUGCAGCGGGAGCAGCCGCGGCUGCAGCUCGAGCACGUGCCCGCCACCGUCACCGACAUCUUCGGCGCCAGCCAGGAUACCCUCUCCACCGCCCUGCAGUGGCUGCUCAUCUUCCUCAUCAGGUAUCCGAAAGUGCAGGCUAAAAUGCAGGAAGAAGUGGAUAGGAUUGUUGGAAGAGACCGUUUGCCGUGCGUUGAAGAUCAGCCUCACCUGCCCUACAUCAUGGCUUUCCUGUAUGAAUCCAUGCGUUUCAGCAGCUUUGUGCCCGUGACUAUCCCACAUGCCACCACAACCAACACCUUUAUCAUGGGCUACCUCAUUCCCAAGGACACCGUCAUCUUUGUAAAUCAGUGGUCAGUGAAUCACGACCCAGCAAAAUGGUCCAACCCGGAGGACUUUGAUCCAACAAGAUUUCUGGAUGAGAAUGGGUUCAUCAAUAAAGAUCUUACUAGCAGCGUGAUGAUUUUCUCAUUGGGAAAGCGUCGGUGUAUUGGAGAGGAGUUAUCCAAGGUGCAGCUCUUUCUCUUUACCUCCAUACUGGUGCAUCAGUGCAAUUUUACUGCUAAUCCAAACGAGGACCCAAAAAUGGACUUUACCUAUGGGCUGACCAUUAAACCUAAGCCAUUCACCUUGAAUGUUACACUUAGGGAUACGAUGGAUUUGCUCGAUCAGGCUGUGCAAAGACUGCAAGCAGAGAAAGCAGCCAGUGAAAGUCAGCUGUCAGCAAAUGCCUAAGUAAUAAACCUUGCAUCUACAGAUAACCCCCCUCUCUCUUUUUAGACUUACAUAACUCAUAGCUUGUUCUGCUUGUAUUUUUGGUACAUAGCAAAUACACGUUAUAAAAGCAGGAAGAAAAGUUGCACAAGGUAUAGUUCAGUCAUCUUUUUAAUUCUAGAAGGAGAGCCGGGGAACAAUAUAUUAAAUGAAAAAAAAUAUGCAAUUUGAGAGUAAGCCUUUUCUUUUCUAGCUUGUUCACAGAAGUUGUCAUUGUAAAGUGCUUUUUAUCUACUGGCUGGUUGGAACAUCUCCAGGAACAGUCCCUAUAAUCCUUUCCAUGUCUCCAUGCGCUAUGCCUUAACUCUAAGUUUGCCUUCCAUGACUCCACACUCAGAAGUGAAGUCUCCUAUUGAAAAACAAACAAAAGCAGUUGCUCGGGACACUGCAGCCUGCUUCUGCAUUGACUCUGCUGGAAACUGCCAUAGGCUCAUGGCAGCUCUGGUGUUGUGGCUGCUGGGAUGUACAUUAAUGCCUCAAGAAUAAAUGUUCACAUGCUCUUUGGUAAAAUGGCAAUGUAAAUUCUUGCCUUCAGCAUUCCAAAAUGUUUACAUAAAUGCCUAAAGAAAUAAAAGUCUUGCUUGUAAGCAUGUUUGAAACUAUAAUUCACAUUUUAUAUGAAAAUCAACAGAAUGUCCUAAUAUAGUAACUUUCCACAAAGUUUUGAAAGAUCAGAAUUUCUAUGUCACUAGAUGGCAAGGAUGAUACAAAUCAUAUGCCAAUCUGUUCAUUAGCAUGUUCACAAACAAAGUAAGUAUUUGAAUUAGAUUUUUAAAGGUAUAGCUGAAUUUUAUGUUUCUUUAGCAAGGAGUUCAUAUUGUUGUCCCUAAGCACAUAGGUAAGUCCAGUAAAAUCCACAUUGGCCAAGGUAGGUAGAAGAGAUUGGGGGGG